AUGGACACCAAACCCAGCCACAUGACCUCUCGCGUCAAUCACAGCGACAGCCGUAUACUAGCCCUCACAACACUAAUCUGCCUCGCCUCCGCAAUCUACGGCCUCAUCCAGCUCGACUCAUUGCUCGACUCCUUCUACAUCUUCAACCCCCCAGACCUGCACAACCUCUCCCUCCAAGCAAUCUCCCUCCACGGCACCAACACCUCCGGCAUCGUCUCCCACAUCGUCACCACCCUCCACCAGGACCCAAAGUUAUCACCCUACUUAAGUAUCAAUGAAGGAUGGAUCUUCAACAACGCCGGUGGCGCCAUGGGCGCAAUGUACAUCAUCCACGCCAGUGUCACGGAAUACCUUAUCAUCUUCGGCACCGCUUUGGGGACAGAAGGCCAUACGGGUCGACAUACAGCAGAUGAUUACUUCCAUAUCUUGUCCGGGACACAAUAUGCUUACGCGCCUGGUCCAGAUGUCUUCGAGCCGGAGGUCUAUCCGGCAGGUUCUGUGCAUCAUCUAAGACGGGGAGAGUAUAUUGGGUUUUUGGACGUUGUGGAGGACGACUUGGGUUACUGGGUGGGAGAUGGUCGGAAAUUUGUUGAUUGGGAAGAUGUGAUAGCAUCUGCUGAUUAG